AUGAGUUCUUCUUUGCAAGUCAUCGUGUGCACAUUUGUGAUUGCUUUCUGCUGCUUUUCGUUGCACAUGGGCUGGGAAAGUCUUGCAGAUGACCUCAUUGAAACUGAGCAUGCAGGGCAGGUGGCACAUGUGCAGAAUCGGCCACCAGUGGACGUCCGGACUGGUCGUGGACGUAGACCGGGACAAACUCAAGAGCUGAAGGAUGCCGUUGCUCAACAAGCUCAGGCACUGGAGGCAGCAAGAUCUGUGAGGUUGCAGGUUGCAGCGCCUGCCCAGUUUGAUGAUGGUGGUUUGGAUUUGCAGGCCUUGACAUUUUGUGCAACCGACUUGCAGGCAAGGCUAUGUCGUUUCGCAAAGCAGCAGAUGUCAAAGCCCGCCAUCCCUGACUCUCAAAAUUCUGUGGCUGCGAUUCUGGAGCACUCCAGUUCCAUGUCGUCAUGGAAGCUAACAGCUGUGGCCGUGAGAUCGAACGUCGACACUAAAAGUGUGCAGAGGGACUAUAGAAGAGCAUCGGAGGCGCUGUUGCAGUCCUCCAGUCUGCUUUGGCAAAUGACUUUGCAACGAAUUCUUGAUAUGUUGUCCAAUGAAAGCUUUGAAGGCCUGGUUCUGAUUCGCAAGCGGCGAUACGAUGAGAGCCCCUUCCGCUUACGUUUGCAGGAGGAGGCAGAUGGAAGCCUUGCUUUGGAUUCUCUAAAGGCUCAGGCUGUUGGAUCUGCAAAAGUGAUGCAGUCAGAACUGGAGUUUGCUGCUCUCAUUCGUCGCAAGGCCCCUAACCAUGAUCACUACAUGUACCAGGAGCUUCAUGGUGAGUGCCUUGCGUGGCUGCACGUAGUCGACAAGACGAGCGCAGAGAAUAUAGCAGAGACACAGAGACAAAUCCAGUGCUCAGUGAAGCUGCCAGAUCACAUAGAAGAUAAGUUCAAGCUGGUUUGUGAUCUUGUGUGCAGCGACCGUUACACUGCAAAUAUUGCAGCAGAGCGAAGUUUGCAAAGCGGGUUGACUGGCUGGGUCAAGAACCACAGUUUUUGCUUGCUGCACAAGGCUGCCGCGAUUCAGACAACACAAUUCAGGCUGAUUUCCGGCCACAUUUCAGGCCUGCUGAGUGUGGCUUUGUCCAUGCAGGCCAGCGGCACCACUGCUCUGUUGAAGGAGCUGCUUUCGCAGCUACUGUCCGACAAGCUCGUAGUGAGGCAUAGUCCACCCCCGGUGCAGUUCCGGCGCCACCAAGAAGCCCUCCACGACUUGUUCCUUCCAAUUGGUGCUCAUUCCAAGUCGGCUUCUCUUCGCAAGAGGCAGCGUGUUAUCUUGUCAGCUUUGAUGAACGGUGACCUGCAGGAUGAAAAUCACGUGAGCUAUUAUACUGAGGAUAGCAGCAUCAACAAAGCCAUGAUUGGGGCUGUGUGGGUGAGAUUCGCUGUUGCCGCCCUUCUUCCACACAAGUGCCCCCAUUUCAAUCGUUCCAAGUGGUUAGGCGGGGAACUAUGUAUCGAAUGGUGUGGGCUCCUCAGCUCACACCACAACCUCCUCGAGCCGCUGGUUCAGCUUUGGGUUUCCCGUACAUCCUCCAUUCCCGUGGGUUUGUUUGUGCGCAAGCAGCAGCAGUCAGAGCAGUCAGAGGCUGUGGGCCGAGCAGGCUGGGACAUGCUGGCAGACCGAGUGGCAGUGGUGCACAACGAGGCCGAGGCUCCACGCAGUGAGGAUGGUCUCCUGGAUCCGGGGCCCCUUCUUGAUGAGGCUGCAAGUCGGCGAGAACAAGAGUCCUCAGACCAAGACCCGAACAUCAACUGGGCAGAAUUUAACAAGGCUAACAAGCGAAAGGCCUUGGCGUGGGUGUCCUGCAGGCCAGGGCCCAUCUUGGUUUGUAUGCGCUAUUGCAUGAGGGCCACCCUGCGCAUCCUGUUCAAGAUCGUUCACUUGGCCUCGGAGGCUUUUGCAAAGCAGCAGUUGGCCAAGGCAUCCAGAGGGGAAGCCCGCGAGGCGGCAGUGUUGGAAUUUUUUUCGGACGCCACGCAGAAUACUUUUGAAGGUGACAUUCGGGAGUUGAUGCAGUCUGCCAUGGCGGGUCUACCUGCCAUCGGUUGCUAUGAGGCGAUGAGGGUGCUUGCUUUCCGAAUGCUAUCUGUGGCCGCUUGUUCCAGUCGUCAAUUGAUUUGGCACAUGGUUUCAGGAUCACCUGUUGCUCUUUUCCGUACUUUGCAGCGCGAGCAAGACGAGAAGUUUGCUCUGCCUUUUUGCCUUCAGGAUGAGCUUACAAUCUCGGUUAUGGCUUUGUAUCACAACCAGCUAGAAUCUGAAGAAUGCUCACAAGUGCUUCGAACAUUGGCCCAGCAUUUUCAUUUGGACAUCCUGGAUUUGGAGCGGAACCACGUCCGAUACGCAGAGCAAUCCAAAGCAAAUCCAUUCACACUUGGACCACAACCUUUGAUACACUCUGUGCCCACUGGGUCCUUCGUCGAGCAGCUCUCCUUCGGCGGCCUUUUGCAGCCAAGGUUCGGAAGAAUGAGUCGAGCUUACCGUGCUUUGAAGGGUACCCCGGACUUCGCCAUGUUCCAGGCCCAGCUGUCAGCUUUGAAAUCUGAGAGCAGACAGCUGACUAUCCAGAACAAAGUGGAACAGGAGUCGGCUCAGGAAGCCAUCGCUUCGACUUCCGAUGCACUUGCUCCGGUGCAUGAGGCAGAGGGAGUGGCAAAGCAAACCCAGAUUUCUGAGCAGCUUGGCUCUGCCUUUGUUUUUACGCCUGGAAAGCCAAGUGUCGCGCAGUUCCAUGCUCCAGCAGACCGCUUUGUCCAGGAGAUUUUCAAGCCAACGUACAGGCAGUUUGCCAGGCAUGGAGUGGGUGUCAACACAGAUCUAGACGAGGCUUGGAAGGAACGCUGUGUGCUCGCGCAACAUCAGCGGGCACCUGCCCUGGAUUCUUCACAUGCAUUCCGCACGAGCACUUGCUGCCAGUUGUGCUUCUGUGUGCAUCAGGGUGAAGGGCUGAAGGCUUUCCGGAUGCACACGAAUAUUGUCCAAUUGCUUAAGCCUCAUAUCCAAGCAAUCCGUCGGAAGAGAAAAAAGGCGGGGGACAUGCUGCCUGCAGAGGCAAAGAAGUCUAAACCCCAGCAUCCAGAAGCCCGGCGUUUGCUCGACAGUGCUAUGCUGGUUUUACGACUUCACGCUGCAACCACUGAUGAGGUGGCCACAGUCACUAGUGAGAAUGCUGGGGCUGCUGGGGAUGCCCCUGCAUCCGGGGCAUCCAUGUCGUGGAAUAGGGCAGCCCAGAGAAUCCUUGUGCUUGCAGAUGAAUCCGAGUUCCCAGGUCCGACCCAAGAGUUUUGGCUCCAUAUUGGCUACAUGAAUCAUAAUUCCAAAGUUUUCACUGUGCUGCCUCUGGUCAAGGAUGCUGCUUGUGGUGUUCAUGCCGACAUGGUGAAACUUGUGGCAAGUGAUCAGAAUGUGCGGGCAUAUCGGUUGUUUGAGUUCUUGAAAGGCCACAUCGAUUUUGAGCAGGCUUGGAGGAUGAGUCUGUACAAGAUUUCUUCUACUUCAGAAUCGUUGACUCAAGCUGAAUUCCGACCUUCAUUCAUUCAUGUCGGCCACUAUCCUGAGAUGCCUGAGAUGGUUUGUUGGCAUGGUUGGUCGCGCAAAGAACGAUUCUAUGGGGGCGGGGGCGGCGGAGGUGGCUCGGGCCCAGGAGGUGGUCGACGUCGACGGGGUGGUGGUGCCACUCGCGGUCACUCUGAUGGGCGCCCUCCUCCUGGUGGUCCUGCUGAUGAAGAUGAAGAAGAUGACGGAGGGGGUGUGGGGUUUGUUUUGCCGCCUGCUGAUGACUCUGACGGUGCUGAGGCUGAGAAUGUGGUGCUGCUGGAUGAAGCCAAAAGCCAGUCUGCCAGUGAUCUGGAGGAUGCUGCCUCCUGGCCCCCUUCAGAUGCGAGUGUGGCUGAUGCAGAAGGCAUAGAGCAAGCCGGCCCCGAUGCUGUGCCAAAUUUCCUGGGAGUAGAUGGGCUUCUCUCAGAGGCCCCAGCUGCUGCUGCAGCAUCCUCAUCCGAUGCCAGGGUGCCUGAGCUCGAGGCAGAUGCAGUGCCGCCUGCGGCACAUCCCGCAGCAGGUCGUGCAGGGGGGGGUGUGCGGUCAGGUGAAGAGAUCAUUCGCGUCGAUGUCGCAGGAGGUCGCCUGGUCUAUUAUGGGGAGUCCCAAGAUCUCAAGGUCUUCUGCACGAAUGCAGGCCACUUGAAUUGUGAGAAGAAGCGAACUGUGAAGCCGGGUGGCCGGAAAGGACAGGGGAGACCGAUCGGUUUCCUGCUCGCUUGGCUUGCCGCUGCAGACAGCUUUGAGGAUGCUAGCAAACAUGUGCACAAGUGCAAACCUACGUUGGCCCAGAGGACGGAAGCAAGAGAGAAAUUUAAAACCGUGAAUGGCUGGCAGGCACUUGCAGAUAAGGAAAGGAAGUGCGGAGAAGGUGAGCCAGAAGAGCCACCGUCUUUCACGUGA